AUGGAUUUUCUGGAACAGGUUGAAGAAAUCGCAUCCACUGCCAAAUUUGGAGACUUGAUAGAAUUUUGCUACCCCAUCGGAUAUUCACACUGGGGAGUGUAUGAUGAAGAUGGAUAUGUAAUCCACUUUGCUGUUGCAGAUGAGGGGCACCUAAUGAGCAGCAUACGUAGUUCACUACAGAGAUUCUUCCCUGUAUGUGGUGACCUUCUGCUUGGGGAGACCAGGAUCCGCAGAGUGCCUCUUGCUGAGGUUAACGUCCCGAAAGGAGUCCAUGUCUUGAUCAGUAACAACCGACAUGCCUUCACACCCUCAGGAUCUGAGGACAUGAGGCAACGGUGCGAUGCCCUUCUUGACCAGGACUUCCCUUAUCAACUUUUCUCUCUCAACUGCGAGCACUUUGCUACUUUUGUACACUAUGGAAAAGCUGUGUGCAACCAGAUUCCUACAAGACCCAAGAAUGUAGAGUGUGUGGAGGCAACUGCAACCUUCAAAGAUAUUGUCAGCUCCAAAGAAACUGUUCCAGAACCUUUGUUGUGA